UCUCCCCCAGCAGCAGAAGCAGCAGCUGAGCGCAUCAAUGGGAGUCAGCCACAUCAGGGCUGCAUCAGCACCGAGCCUGCAGCCGGACUGUACACGCAGCUGACUAACCACGUUACGGUUCAGCUUCGCCUCUUAUUUUCGGUAAUUCUGAAUAAAGGUCAGAAAUGGGGGCACUGCGUCGCCAGGAGUUUUUCCUGGAGCUGCCGUCUGGCUGCCUGCUUCCAACUGCCCAGCAGGGUCUAGAGCAAGUGUGGCAGCUGUUGCUCAUCUGCUUAGUGUGCAGACUGCUGUGGAGAAUUGGCUGGCUGCCCUCCUACGUAAAGCAUUUGAGUACAAUAGCUGGAGGCUUUUACACACUCUACCUGUUCUUUGAGCUUCACAUGGUGUGGGUGGUGUUGCUCAGCCUUCUCUGCUACCUCAUCCUCUUCCUGUGCCGACACUCCACCAGCCGCGGCCCCUUCCUCUCCAUCACUGUCCUUAUCUAUCUAUUACUUGGGGAGCUACAUAUGAUGGACACAAACAGUUGGCACAAAAUGAGAGGUUCACAGAUAGUAGUGGCCAUGAAGGCCAUCUCUCUUGCCUUUGACUUGGACAAAGGCACGGUGGAGAGUGUACCAUCUCCAGUGGAGUUCAUGGGUUAUAUUUACUUUGUGGGGACGGUGAUAUUCGGUCCCUGGAUCAGCUUCAACAGCUACAGGGAAGCAGUAGAAAGCCGGAAACUUAGUGUGUCCUGGUUUGUGAAGGUGAUCUGCAGCUGGAUAAAGAGUCAAGUCUGCCUAGUUUUCUCCAACUGUGUUGCUCCAUAUCUCUUCCCUUACUUUAUCCCACUCAUGGGAGACAGACUGCUUCGCAGUAAGAAGAGGCGAAAGAUAAGGGGCUCUAUUGCAAGGUGGCUGCUGGCAUAUGAAAACACCAUGACCUUCCAUUUCAGUAACUACUUUGUGAGUUACUUUAGUGAAACCACCACUACACUGGCAGGUGCCGGAUUUACAGAAGAAAAAGAUCACCUCAAGUGGGAUCUUGCAGUGGCUAAACCCCUCAGCAUUGAGUUUCCCAGGUCUAUGGUGGAGGUUGUAACAUCUUGGAACCAGCCUAUGUCUCAAUGGCUCAAUACAUAUGUAUUUAAGAAGGCUCUGAAACUUGGUUCAUUCCAGGCCAUCCUCAUCACCUAUACAGCCAGCACUUUACUGCACGGAUUAAGUUUCCACAUUGGAGCAGUGCUCUUAACUCUAGGCUUCAUGACAUAUAUUGAGCAUGUGUUGAGGAAAAGACUGUCUACCAUCUUUAACGCAUGUGUCCUCUCAAAGAGAUGCCCACCAGACUGCAAACAUAAAAACAAGAGGGCGUUCUGGGUGUACUUUAUUAAUGGGAGCUUUAGUGUGCUAGCAAUAGUCCACCUGACCUACCUGGGCUCAGUCUUUGGCUCCAGCAUGGAUGAUAUAGACUCAGAUGAGGAUAUCCUGGGUGGUCAUACUGUUCAUAAAUGGACAGAGUUGAGCUGGAUCAGUCACUGGGUGACCUUUGGCCUUUGGGUUGUGUACCGCCUUAUUAUGUGACUCUUAUGGAGGCUGAGAGUUUGGCUGGGGAGAGAAGGCAAGUAAUAAACCGCCUGAUUGCUGAUUUGGACAGCAAUGAGCAGGCCUAAGUCUACAUGACAUCACUGUGAAUUCCUGAUACACUGGACUGGAGAACAUCAUCUCUGACAAAUCCUGAGAGGAUAUUAUCUACAAUACUGAUCAUCAGUACGUCUUCACCGCAGACCUGGUGGCACAUGAGCUGAGAACUCCAUACAUGUUUUUACGUUGCUUGGUUAUUUUAAAUUAGUUAGUUUUAAAGGUAAAUUAUUAUUCCAAGAGCAAUCAGCAGUUUGUAAAAAUGGGGAACGAUAUGAGCGAAAACGGAUUUUAUUAUAACUUUUUUAAUAAAGAAAAUGUGUUUCAGUGCUUCAGAGCUACACAGAUCAGGCCAAUGUCUUGUAUAUAACAUAUGCACUCGUUUCAGCUUUUUCUUACUGCAUUGUGAUGUGUUACAAAAAAAUUAAGGAGUCUAAUGUAUUUUUAUGAAGCUGUGCUGGUGAGUUAACCCAUUAAUAGCCAUUGGUUAUACUCAACACUUGUUUAAGGCAUUUUGCCCUUCAGUCAGUCUUAAGUCUCUUAAUUAUGAAAAUUAGCUGAUACCUGGGGACGUAAAAUCAAAAAAAACAAAACAGUAAUAAGUAUUAAUUAUUAGUUUAAAUGCAAAGAUUGUUGUCAGACAAUGGUUUACUUAGCAUUGUGUUUAAACCCUGACCACCAGAGGGCAGUAUUGUACUCAUUAGAUCACAGUGUUCUGAUUUUUAUAUGAUAAAUGAUAUAUGUUUUUUUUUACUAUGAUAGAUUUUCUAAAAUUUGAUUUAAACAAUUGCAAUAUAUUUACAUUCACAUACAUUAUCGCAGUAUAUCACAAUAUAUUGAAUCAUAGUCCCUGUAUCGUGCUAUGUGUCUCAUCGCCAAAUAUUUACCUAUUUUUCAUUGCUGGUUUAAAACAAAGAAAAGCGUGUGGUUCGCUUGCCAGCAAUACAGAGUGUUUGUGUGAUAGUUUUAUAGAGUUUCAUAUAUUAUGGGAUGUUUUUAUGUUCCCAUGUAUAAUAGUUCCACACUGCAGACUAACUCAUUCACUAUCUGGGAACUCUUCUUAGUGCAGCCGGUUGGUUAAUUAUGUCUAGUCAGUAAUGUAAUAGCACCUGGAGGACCCCAGAUGGUGCUCUGAAAACCGUGGUUAAAACAGUGACACGGAACUGGAUUGGGAUUAAUAUACUCGAUACCCGACCGAUUACUAUAUGCCACUGGAUUGAAUUGGGACAUACCAUACCCCAAUGAGUAAAGAAUACUCAUGCUACCCCAGCUGGAACACAUUUUAUCACAACACAUAUCAUACUGUAACUCACACUUCACACAUCAAUUCAGCACAGAAUCAUGUUGAUUAUUUCACUCAUUUUUGAUUAUGCUGCUCAUGAGCCAAUGCAGACAUUUCCUGGUCUGCGGGAAGCACUUCCCAAAACAUUAAUAAUGUGAACCUGCUCUUAUUUUGGACUGUUUACAAGGAGUCAAAAAAUCCUAUUUUUGUCCAACACUGAGUAGAUUAAAAAUACAACUCAUUUCAUUAGUGUGACAUUGAGGUAUUUAUGUAUUUACUCUUAUUGUAUUGCAAAUACUUUGUUUUCCUUUUUUCUUACUUCCAGUCUAAUAUUACAAUCCUACUCCCUCUAGCACAUCAAUUCGAUAGUAUUCAAAGUUGGAGUUAACUUCUCUUUAUUGUUUGUGUUUGUUAUUUUAUUUCUGUAGAUGUAUUUCAGACAGUACUUUUGUGGUGGAUUAGAUUGUUUGAUAGAUUCUGAAUGACAUUAAAAUGUGCCAAGCAAAGCAAUCAACUUUAAUUCAUUUUAAUGUUUAAAUAAUCCCUGGUCCAAGAUUUUCUGUUCACUGUUUACCCACAUAGUGUAUACAAUAUACAUUUUAUUUAACACCUCCAUUUGUCAAUGAAUAAUUAAUAAAAAAAAAAGUUCAAAAUCAAAAAGUUGUUUGCAUUAGUUGAGUAUGUAUGUUUUUUUUUGUGUAUGUGUUGAGUGGAUUAAAAUGUUUUGCUUGUGCAAUAACAUUGUCAAACAGCAGAUGGCAGAAACCCGUUGGAAUUCUGAACAUGAAGACAACAGGGACUGAAGGCUCGAUUCGGUUCACUGAACCGAUUCAUCUAUUCUAGUGAAUCGAACAAGUUUUUAUUUUAAAAUUAUUUUCGCCCAGGUUGAUUAGCUAGCUCAGUCGGUUGUAUUUUAAGCAUUUUUGUUGACU